UCAGUUCUUUAUUGAUUUUUCGCUUGGAAAGAUGAGUGUGCUAUGGCUAGCUUUGUGCACACUUUUGCUGAUUAACCAGGGAUCGGCUCAAUUUCUAGAGGAGCAAUGUGGCAUUUUUAAUCCCUAUGUCGGGCUUAAGAGGCCUCUUACCACUCCUUGGCUGGCUCAAAUUCGAACGAAAUCUAAAAUAAUCUGCGCUGGCACCCUUAUUAACGAACAAUAUGUCUUGACAGCCGCGAGUUGCAUAGCUAACCAAAACCAACUCAUCGUUCGCUUGGGCAAGUUUGACGGAUCGAAAAGCAAUUUUGAAGAUGAUGGUACAUCUGACCAAACCUAUGAGGAAUACUACGUAACAAAGGCCAUCAUUCACAAGUCAUAUUCGGCAGACACAAAAAGGCAUAAUAUAGGUGUGCUUAAGAUGCCAUCGUCGGUGCAAUAUAAACGCCAUAUAAAACCAAUAUGCAUAGUGGAAAAUUCCGAACUCAAAACUGAUUCGCUCACCUUUGAAAUACCAAACGAGAAGUACAAAAAAGACUUUUGGUGCGGAAUAGGUGCAUUUUUUGGUAGUUCUUGUGCUGACGAAAAAAAAGAGGAAUACUUGGCCUCUAUUCUCAUUGGGAGUCCCUGGAACAAAACAAUCACUACUGGACCCCUACUGCGCUAUACACAACACGGAGUUCUGAGCUAUAGAGAUCGUGAAACAUAUGCUGAUGUGUAUACCAAUGUUUUCGCCUAUGCCGAUUGGAUUGUAGCACAAGUAUUGGAAGUUGAAGCAAUACCGAAUUCCGAACGAACCAAUGGAAUUCUCCAAGACAGAUUUAAUUAUUAAUUGAAGCAAGGAAUGUAUCUUUUAUAUACCAAUAAAUAUGUAUUAUUCAA